AUGCGAAAUCCAAUCGUUUCCUAUUGUUCAUUCCUCUUUCAAAAUUUGUUUUUGAGAAAAGCCAUGGAAAACACUGAAGCGCCCAUUCAAACCGAAGAACCAACAACAGUGGUUGAACCAGUUGCUGAAGACACAUCGAAGAUCAAUGGAGAUCCCAUCGCGACACAAGAUCCAUUGAAAAUGAAUGGUGAUCAGUCAGCUCCGGUUGAGGAAGAAGUCAAAACGAACGGUCAAGAAGCAACUAACGAAGAUGUAUCCUCGAAAACAAUGGAAGAAACUUCUGUGGAAAAGAAAAAAGAAGAAGAAGAAGAGAGCACUCCAUUGAAUAAAUCAGUUACCGAACAAGAAAAUGUUACUGAUGCGUGUACAACCGUACCGGCCACAUGCGUCUCGCCCGGUCGAACUAAUAUACCAUUGAAAGAAGUGAACGAAAGUGAAAAAGAAGAGUUAGCUGUCAUCUCAAAUGGUACCGAUAGUACCAAUAGUAAGAAACGUGAACUCGAACAAGAGGAUGAACCAACUGAAGAGACAACGACUGAUAGUGACGACCGUUCAAAUGAUCAAACAAAGAAAAUCAAAAUUGCUGAACCAACUGAAACGCCUAUCAUAGAAUUUGAUUCUAUUGAUACAAAUAUACGACGGAAUAUAUACUCAAUUUAUAUAAAAUAA